AUGUGGAUCAUUCGAGGUCCAUCGAGCAUACAGCUCUGUAAGAGGCCAUUGUUAUUCCAGGGCUUUGGCUUGAAGUCCUACUCCACCAAAACUUUCGAUCCCCUCCGCAUCCUCUUCUGCGGCUCCGACGAGUUCAGCAUUGCUUCACUGAACGCUCUUCAUGCCUACCACUUGAAGCACCCAGAACGGAUAUCUUCCAUUGAUGUUGUUUGCCGCCCGGGGAAACGAGUUGGAAGGGGAUUGAAGCAGACUCGAGAAGUACCAAUUAAAGCAGCUGCCUCGGCCCUCUCUCUUCCCGUGCACGAAAUUGAUACAUUCACUGGUUGGAAGCCUCCGACAUCCUCGAAUGGUCCUAUAAACUUGAUCAUUGCAGUGUCAUUUGGACGUUUUGUCCCACCACGCAUAUUGAACGGGGCCAAAUAUGGUGGCUUGAACGUGCAUCCCUCAAUUCUACCCAACUUCCGUGGCCCUGCGCCCCUUCACCACACUCUUCUCGCCGGAGAGACCAAUACCGGUGUAACAGUUCAAACACUACACCACGAGAACUUUGAUCACGGUACCAUCUUGUCACAAACGCCGGCCCCUGGAUUCAAUGUUCCAAACCCAGACUCCUGCACUGUCUUGGAGCUGCAGAGCCUUGUCGCGCCAAAAGGUGCACGAAUGCUCGUGGAAAGCAUUGAAAGGGGACUAUAUGUGCCCCCAUUGAAGGAUGUCGGAUGGCAUUCCUCCGAAGACAAGCGUGAAUUGAUCCACGCUUCUAAGAUCAACCCAGAAGACAGACACAUCAAGUGGACAGAAUGGACCUCCGCCGAUAUAAACAGACGCGGCCGCGUAAUUGGGCCUUUGUGGAGCAAGGCGACUUGCGCUACCGGUGCUGUGGAUGGAUCUCCUUCAUUUCAACAAAAGAGGGUAAUUUUCACUGAUACCGAGGAGAUAGAUCCUCCUUUUGAGUGUCGGUCAUUCCGAAAGCUCCCAGGUCUUCCCUUCACAGAUGCCUCUCCCUCGGAUGAACCCGGGACUGGUAAUAUCUACGUUUAUACUGCGGAUGCCAAGGUGCAUCGCAUCAAUCGCAUGAAAGUCGAAGGGCAAAAAGACUCAGCGGCCUUACCAGCCGCUCGAAAAGCUCGGAUGCUAGGUGAAAGAACACCUCAAUACGAGAACGGCGAGUUGACACCCUUCCAUAACUCUCUUGUAUAA